ACUAGAGCACUAGAGCAGUCACAGUCAGUGUUGUAGUACAGUAGUGUGCGAGGCGUGCCGGCGACACGGAGCCGACAUGGAUCUGAGAAUGAGACACAGAUCACAUUGGCAGCUAGUUUUAGUUCUAUUCGCAUUCACUGGUCUUACCACCGCCAGAAGGCACCGACACGGCCACGGUCGGGACAAGAGGCAACACUCGCCGGGCAGCUAUGUGUUGGACGUGCCGGGCCCCGAGGUAGGUGACUGGGGCCCCUGGUCUGCCCCGGGCCCCUGCUCUCGUACAUGCGGCGGCGGUGUCACCUUCCAGACCCGACAGUGCAGGGAAGAUGCCAGGAUACCUUGCGAAGGAGCUGCCCGGAGAUAUUUCUCCUGUAACAUUCAGGACUGUCCAGAAGGCUCAGUGGACUUCCGAGCAGAGCAGUGCGCUGCAUUCAACAAUGUUCCUUUCGAUGAUGUUUAUUAUUCGUGGAUUCCAUAUACUAAGGCUCCCAACAAAUGUGAGCUCAACUGCAUGCCGCGAGGAGAGCGCUUUUACUACAGACAUAAGGACAAGGUAGCGGACGGCACACGCUGCGACGAGGAGAAGCUGGAUGUCUGCGUCGACGGCAAAUGUUUGCCAGUGGGGUGUGACAAGUUGCUGGGGUCGGUGGCCAGGGAGGACCAGUGUAGAGAGUGUGGAGGUGACGGCAGUAGCUGUAACACUGUGAGGCGACUACUGGACAUGGACGACCUGCAAGUUGGAUACAACGAUCUUCUUCUCAUCCCAGCUGGAGCAACCAACAUUCGAAUACAGGAGACUAAACCUUCUAACAACUAUCUAGCAAUCCGCAACCUGACAGGACAUUACUAUCUCAAUGGCAACUGGCGCAUAGACUUCCCCAGGAGCAUCAGGGCAUGUGGCACGAUAUUCCACUACGAGCGCAAGCCUCAUGGCUUCUUUGCUCCGGAAAUGAUUUCUGCUCUUGGACCCACAACUGAACCGAUUUACAUUGUGCUGCUUUACCAAGAGAGGAACCCAGGAAUAGAGUAUGAGUACAGUAUUCCUAAAGGAGCUGUCCAGGACACAGACCCGGACAGUUACACAUGGGUCUACAACGAGUUUGGUCCUUGCAGUGCUACUUGUGGUGGAGGUGUGCAGACACGGAACGUGUGGUGUGCAAAGCGGAAGGACUCAGCUGAGGCGUCCCGAGACUUGUGCAAUGAAGUGCUAGAGCCUCCGUCCACCCAGCUGUGUGCCCCAGAGCCUUGUGCCCCACAGUGGACCACAGGUGACUGGGGACCAUGCUCACAGCCCUGUGGCACUGGGGGCGUACAGACCAGACAGGUAAUCUGUGAACAAAUCAUCAGCGGAGGUCGCAGUUCCCUGGUGAAUGCGUCGGCGUGUGAGGACACACUCGGACCUGCUCCCCCCACCACUCAGCCUUGCCCAGAGGGAGCUCCUUGCCCCAUGUGGCAUAUUGGCCCUUGGAAACCUUGUGACAAGCUAUGUGGUGAUGGACUGCAGAGGAGAGACGUCAUCUGUUUUCACAAGGUGGACGGACGGAUAGAGAAGUUGACAGAUGAGCAAUGCCCAGGACCUAAGCCUGACACUGAGAUGCCCUGCAAGCUACGACCCUGUGAGGGGGUGGACUGGGUCACUACCGACUGGUCAGGGUGUGAAGACAAGUGUGGGUUGUCGUAUGAGACAAGACAAGCCUUCUGUGCCACCGAGAAAGGAGAGAUAUACCAUGACAACUUCUGUCACAAGAGUCAAGUCCCAGAACUGAAGAGAGAGUGUAUCGGAGUAGGAGCUUGCAAACAUCAGUGGUUUGCUUCUCAGUGGAGUGAGUGCUCGGCUCAAUGUGGAUCAGGAAUUCAGACACGGAAAGUGUUUUGUGGUACAUUCACUGACGAAGGGGUGGAGAAGGCAGAGGAAGACAAGUGUGACACGGUUCUUAAGUAUGAGGACACCAAAAACUGUACAGGGGAAGAGGAGUGCAAAGGCAACUGGUUUGCUGGGCCUUGGAGUGCUUGUUCAAAACCAUGUGGUGGGGGACAAAGGACCCGGAAAGUCCUUUGCAUGCUGAACAAUGUCACAGUUCCAGCCACACAAUGCGACGUCAACCUAUUACUGUUCGCUAGUGAAGACUGUAACAACAUACCAUGUGGUACAGAUCAGAUAAUCACUGUAACACCUGAGCACAAGGUGGACUAUGAUGACUAUGAGGAUUACGAUGAAGAUUGUGAAGAGUAUGAAGAUGAGUUUAUUACACCUGAGGGAGUUGAAGUAUUUUCAACAGAUUUAGAGGAAGGUUCUGGCUCCUCGCCUGGCCUUGGAGAUGCAACUCUAUUUACUGCAGAAAGUGAUUUAUCAAGCCUGAGCUCGGAAGCCAUGCUCAGUGACAGUCCAUCGACCUUAGGAAUCAGUGAUACUUCUCUUCUAGUUUCUUUUGGAUCAUCUGAAUAUACUGAAGAAAGUGGUUCAGCAUCUCCGACAUUUGAGGGUAGUGGGGACUCUUUGCAAACAACUUUGCCAUCUUCUGAAACUUCUGAUAUCACUUCAGAGUCAAGUUCAAUUGGCUCUUCUUCUGGUUCUACAGAAUCGUCUAAUACCGAGAUGUCAUCAAGUGAUAUUUCUUCCACUGAAUCUUCUGAUGCAUCAAGUGCAUCCUCUAUUGGGCUUUCAACUGAUGUCUCUGCAGAUUCUUCAACUGAAUCAUCAACAGAUUCAUCAUUGAUCUCAGAAAAUGUUACUACUCCAUCAGCAGAAGGUACAUCUUUGGUCUCAGAAACAAGUAGUUUAUCAGAUUUAACAACACCUUCAACUGAAGACACAGAAUCAUCCACGGAAGAAUCUACUCCUACAACUGAACAGUCUUCAACUGAAAGUACAGAGACAUCUAAUGACCAAACAACAAUAAGUUUAAGUAGUUCUGACAGUGUGACAGAAAUUGAAACAACAACUGAAUUUAUAUCAUCAUCAGGUAGUUCAUUAGGAGUAUCAGACGGUAGUUCCACAAUGUCAAGUGAAGAAUCAACAACAGCUGAUUUCUCCACUGUAAUGUCCACAUUAAGUUCAGACGUUUCAUCAUCAGAAGUUUCAACUGAUAUGUCAAGUGCAUUAGAAGAAUCCAGUAGCAUGUCAAGCGAAUCAUUGUCAAGUGAAUCUGUCAGUGAAGAGUCUAGUAUUUCACCAGAGUCAUCCUCUGUUGGUUCUUCAGAAUCAUCCUUUUCUGUGCCAUCGGAAUCAUCUACUAUUGUAACAUCGGAGUCCUCAUUAGAUAGUUCUCCAUCAAGUCCAGUUUUGACAGAUGAUUAUUCAUCUACAUCGCCAAGUUAUGGGGCCAGCACUUCUGAGCUAAUCAGCAUAUUUUCUCAAGAAUUGACAACUGCAGCCACCAAGGCCAAGAAGAAGAUGUGCAAAAGAAGGAAAAAGAAGAGUGCCUGUCUUACGUCAGAAUUUGGAUGCUGUUAUGAUAACGUGACUCCUGCCAAGGGGCCUUUCAACAAAGGAUGUCCAUUGGUGGAGACAUGUAAGGACACUAAGCACGGUUGUUGUCCUGAUGGUGUCUCCCCAGCCAAGGGCCCCAAACUCCAUGGCUGUCCUCCAUCCCAAUGUAACCUGACACUGUUUGGCUGUUGUCCGGAUGGAGUGAGUAUUUCACAAGGCAAUGACUUUGAUGGCUGCCCAGAGGAACCCACAACUCCUUCAGACUGUAGAACUACAGAGUUUGGCUGUUGUCUGGACGGCGCUACAGCUGCAUCAGGUACAGAGCUGGAUGGUUGUCCGGAGUGUGAAGCGUCUGACGUGUGUGACUGCAAUGUCACAAAGUUUGGAUGUUGUCCCGAUGGUCGACAACCUGCUUUUGGACCUGACAAGCAGGGCUGCGAUCUUGAACUUACAACAGAAGAAUCAGUGACAGUUUAUGAUAACGGAACAGAUUGUGAGAACUCAACUUACGGUUGUUGUCCGGAUGGAAUCAUUGCAGCCAGUGGACCUGAAUACGAGGGUUGUGAGGACCUUGACACAGCAGUCAACUGCUCAGAAACAGCUUACGGCUGCUGUCCCGACGGCAACACAACUGCCACUGGUCCUGGACAGCAGGGAUGUCUGCCAGCUUGUGCAGAGUCUCAGUUUGGUUGCUGCCAAGACGGAGUUACUCCGGCGCAUGGACCUAGCCAAGAAGGCUGUUGUCUGCUCGAGACUUACGGCUGCUGCCCAGACAACAUUCUGACAGCUCAAGGACCCAACCUGGAGGGUUGUGGGUGCCAAUACACCACACACGGUUGUUGCCCAGACAACAAGACAGCUGCUCGAGGACCAAACAACCAAGGUUGUGGAUGUCAGUACACCACAUUCGGAUGUUGUCCUAACCAGUACACUCCUGCGGCUGGUCCUGGCUACCAGGGAUGUCCUUGCUACACGUACCAGUUUGGUUGCUGCCCUGACGGCGUCACUCGAGCCAUCGGACCAAACCUUCAGGGUUGUGGAUGUGAGAACACAGAGUUUGGUUGUUGUCCGGAUGGUCGAACGCCAGCCCCAGGCCUAGGUCAGCCUUGUCCAUGUGUGGCAUCACUCUAUGGCUGCUGUCCUGAUGGUGUAUCUGAGGCUAUGGGUGAACACUUUGAAGGCUGCACUGACAUACCCCUCGGCCCUGGAGAACUGUGCACACUACCGAAGGACAGAGGCACUUGCCGAGACUUUACUGUCAAGUGGUUCUACGAUACAGAAUAUGGCGGAUGUUCCCGUUUCUGGUAUGGAGGCUGUGAAGGAAAUGAAAACAGAUUCAAAUCUCAAGAAGAAUGCAAACAAACCUGUGUUGAACCUCCUGGCAGGGAUGCAUGUUUCCUACCUAAGAUUGAGGGUCCCUGUGAUGGCUACUACCCAACGUGGUACUACGACGCGGAGAGGAAGCAGUGUGGACAGUUUGUGUACGGAGGCUGUCUUGGAAACGGCAACAAGUUUGAGACAAGAGAGCAAUGCGAGGAGCUUUGUGUUACUCCUGAUACUCUUGAUGCUUGCGAGAAGCCUGCAGACGAAGGUCUGUGCAAGGGUAACUUCACACGAUGGGUCUACGACAAGGAGGCCGACAGUUGUACCACCUUCAACUACGGAGGUUGCCGAGGAAACAACAACAACUUCCUCACUGAACUGGCUUGUCAGCAAAAAUGCAUGCAGCCUGGCAGGAGUAGAGAUGAAUGCGCUCUGCCCCGUGCCCAAGGCUCCUGUAACGAGCGACUGCCUCGGUGGUUCUUCGAUGCCUCAGAGAAUCGUUGCAUGCCUUUCUAUUACAGUGGAUGUGAAGGCAAUGGAAACCGCUUUGAGACCAAAGAGGUUUGUGAACAGGCUUGUCCGCCCAAAGUAGAACAACACACGUGCAUACUGCCUGCUCUGGUAGGAGAUUGCCACAACUAUACAGCACGAUGGUACUAUGACUCGCUAGAGGCACAAUGUCGUCAGUUCUACUACGGAGGUUGCGGCGGUAACCACAACAACUUCCAGACCCAGGAGGAGUGUCAGCAGACGUGUGACCGAGGUUACGUACCUCCACCUCCACCACCACCUCCUGAGCAAGAUUAUGAGCCACCUGUUGUUCCACCAUAUGAGGUAGAAGAACCUGCAGAACGCCAGCCACAGCCAUCCCAACCGUUCACGACAGAUAUGUGCUUCCUUCGUGAUGAUGCAGGUGACUGCCAAGAAUCUAAUCUUCACUUUUUCUAUGACAGUCGCGAUGGAGUGUGCAAGCAUUUCUUGUACAGCGGUUGCGGAGGGAAUGGCAACAGAUUCACUACCAUUCAAGAAUGUGAAAUCCGUUGUGGAAAUGUCCAGGACUUAUGUUCACUACCUCAAGUCGUGGGCCCCUGUGAUGGGGUUGAACCUCAGUAUUAUUACGACCAAAGAACAGACUCCUGCUACCCCUUUGACUAUGGAGGUUGUCAAGGGAACACCAAUAGGUUUGCUUCUGUGGCUGAGUGUGAACAGCGCUGUCGCCGAGCUCCGCCUAUACCUCCCACAUCAGCUCCUACAGCCCCACCUGCUCCACCCAGGAACAACAUUUGCUACCUGCCUGUAGACAAGGGUCCAUGUAAUGAGCAGUUGCCAGCCUGGUUUUUCGACCCAGCUUCAGGCCAGUGCCAGACGUUUGUGUAUGGCGGAUGCCAAGGGAACGCCAAUAGGUUUGGUUCUAUAGAACAGUGUGAACGGCAAUGUGGGGAAUUCCUUGGUCAAGAUGUAUGCAAUGUGCCAGUUGAUGUUGGUCCUUGUCUACAACAUCUUAGCAAGUGGUACUUUGACCCUGCGACUCGCUCAUGUCAGGAGUUCUCCUACGGUGGAUGUGACGGAAGCUCUAACCGCUUCAGCUCACUGCCUGAGUGUGAGAGUGUCUGUUUGCACCGAGAAGAGCUCAUCCCUGAAAACAAUGGCUCUAUGUCAUAUUUAGCUAUAUGUAAGCUGCCUGUGGACUCUGGACCAUGUCUGGAUGGUGAGUUCCAACGAUGGGCUUUUGACGAGCGACAACAAACUUGCGUCGCUUUUACAUACCACGGCUGUGCCGGCAACCUAAACCGCUUCAAAAGUUUCAAAGCCUGUCUGGACUACUGCAUUCCUGGCCACUCGUCUACUGAUACUGUUAACCCAAAUAUAAUUGAUGUGGACAACGAUUGUGCGAGUAUAGAGGCUACAUGCACUCGACUGUCUUGUCCAUAUGGUGUGGAGCGCUGGGUGGAUGGUAAUGGCUGUGACAGCUGUAGAUGCUACAAUCCCUGUCUAUCGCAUAACUGUCCAGUCAACACAACAUGUGCCAUCACUCUUGCUACCAACCAAGGCACUGGCCAGACCGAGUACAAGCCCAUCUGCAGGGAGUUACACAAGGAAGGUGAGUGUCCGCAACUGAGUGGGGAGGCGAGUCAUUGUACGGAGGAGUGUUCAGUGGAUGCAGAGUGUGCGGGGAUUGCCAAGUGUUGUUACAACGGAUGUGGCAAGUCUUGUCUUGAGCCUGUAUCAGAACAUGUACAGACGUCUGCUCCAGAGACAUACCACCCGGGCGGUUCGCCUCCGGAGAUCUACGCAGAGACUACUGAAGUGGAAGCAGAUGAAGGCUACUUCGUUACGUUGCAGUGCAGCUCUCGAGGCAACCCAACACCUGUCAUGCUUUGGAUAAGAGGAGGCUCAACGCUUAGUGAAAAGGGAGGAAGGUACAAGUUCUUGACCGAUGGCUCCCUGCAAAUCGUGGGCCUGGUGCCCUCAGAUGCAGGCGAGUACACAUGUGUGGCUGACAACGGCGUCGGAGAACCUGCGAGGAAGGUGUUCCACGUGAGGAUCAGAGGUCCCAAGGAGCGUCCCGCAGCUGUUUUGGGAGAUGACAGUCAGAGUGUCAUUGUAAGUCUCGGGUCUCGAGCCGUGCUGCAGUGUUUUGCUUAUGGAUACCCAGCUCCCAGUGUCACCUGGUGGAGGGGGGAGAGAAUGCUUCCGAUGAUGUCUGCCGAGCUGGAGCAACGAAGAGACUGGUCUUUGGUUCUCUACGCGGUAACUCUCACAUCCCUUGGCCCCUACACCUGUCAAGCGUACAACGGCAAGGGCAGUGCUGCAUCGUGGACUGUUACUCUGAAGGCCGUCGGACCUGUUUACAAUGACCCUAAUGAUGUCACUUACAACCAGUGGCUAGUGCCACCUCCACGAUCUCCCACAGAUACAUACAAGCCUCAUCCCCCUCCCUACCGACCCCCUCGACCACAACCAACCAUUCCACCCGUCGCCGCUGCAACCCCCAGGGUCUUUGUGGUUCCUGUGAAGACGACUAUCACUCUAGACAAGAAUACGUUCCCAGUUGACAGUGACAUUUCUAUACCCUGUGAUGUGGAUGGUUACCCAGUGCCUAGUGUAGCAUGGUACAAGGAUGGACAACCCCUCACUACUAGUGACAAGAUACAGAUCUCAGAGAGCAGCAGAUUGACAGUUGUGCGUGCAAGUGCUAACGACUCAGGUGUUUACCGAUGUGAAGCAGCUAACCAGUACAACUCAUCCUACAGUGAGGUCAACGUAAAUGUUGAAGGCAUCUACGUAGAUCCGUUGUGCACAGACAAUUCGUUCUUCGCAGACUGUCAGUUGGUAGUGACAGGCAAGUACUGUACACACAAGUGGUAUGGCAAGUUCUGCUGCAAGUCGUGUACUCUGGCAGGGCAGCUACCAUCCGUCGGUCCCCACCUGGAGAGUCUACAGAGGAGGAGACGUUCUCUCCCGCACCACUGACCCCACCCCACAGUUCCUGUGUACGUCACCCACUGCCACCUCCAUCACCAUUUCUGUGAUCCAACUGAAUGACCCUAUAUUUGUUCUGUAGUUGGGUUGUGUUGAUUGGUUCCGUAUGAACUCUCGUAGUGAGUUUUCAGAAUUUUUUUAGGAUUCAAUAUAAAUAAUAAAUUAAACAUCCAACCGUAUAGCUCAGCAGUCGUAAGUUUACCGUUUAGUGUCCAAAACUAUUGAUCAAUCUUUGUGACGAUAGCUUUUCAUAUGGUUUUCAUAUAUUUUCACCAGAUUGAACAAUUUAAUUACAAUUACUUUGACCAAACAGUAGUAAUACAUCUGUUACGGACAAAUGUUAAAAAGUAAUGGUUAGUACUACAGUAAACAUAACCAAUGAAAGUCUACAUCAUUCAAUGUACUGUACAUAAUGAAACACUGUUGAGCUUACUGGAUAUUGUAUUGGAAAGUCUACAUCUAUUUCCACAAUCUAUGUCUAUUUUUAGACAACAAUUUUAAAAAUAUAAUUUGAGUUUUUGUGCAAAUGAAUUUAAUUGCCAGGUACAGUAGCACUAUAUUUUGGAUUAGAAACUGCAAGAGAGAAAGAAUUUGUAUAAUUUAUUGGACUCAAAAAGCUUUUAAAAAUAUCCGUCUCUUCUUAUGUAGGCUUUUGCAGCCGGUAAAAACACCAUGAACCUUUACGUCUCUUGGAGACCCUGAAAAUGUUUUUUUACAUUAAUUUUUAGGUUGAGUCAAAAAAUAUAUUUUUGAAUGUAGAAAGGACCUUGUACUUCGACUAUUAUAUAUAAUUCAAGCAUUUGGAAAUAUGCUUACGAUUGGGUUGACUUGUGUUGUGCCAAAAUGUGUUAACCAUGUUCUUAGCCUGCUUGAAAUAUGUGUAUUAUUGUUCCCCAACCAACCCAAAUCUUAAUGGUACAAGUAUGACUGAAGUGUAAUAUGUAGGCCUAGCAUAAAGGCACUUUGUAGUACUUAGAACUGUUAGCUUACAUAAAACCGUAUAUUCAUAAGAUCUGAUAGUUGCCAAAUGUUUCUAUGUUUAUUUAUUGUACAUUUAAAUAAUUUAUUGAGUUUUGUAUGUACUCUACUUGGAAAUUGUUUCUUUUAUAUUUUUUAAAAUUAUAGGCUAGUUCACGUAGAUUUUCAUAUGAGAAAUCUUAGUGAACUGUUAUAAAGAUUUACUGCAGACAUGUUUUUCUAAAUAAUAAAGCGGAGAGAAUUGGUAGUCCUAAUAAUAAAGAAUACUUAUUAUGUAAAACAUUGUUGAAGAUUUAUUUAACUUAUAAAAUUUAUUAAUUUUUAUAUUUACAUUUGAUUUUUAAUAUUUUCAGAUGAAACUUGUAUAUUUUUAACUACAUCAAUUUUAGAUUUUCAAAUUGAGUGAUUUAUACUGUGCCUUUACUUUAUUAUUAUUGAUAUGAAAUGUAUUAUAUUUUAAUAUAGAAAUACUUUAAUGUAGAAGUCUGUAAAUAAAUGUC